AUGAACCAACUUCUGUCUGAGCAGUUAACGUCUCUGCGCGCUAACCGAUGCGUUUUCGACUUCCUUUUUUUCAGUAGCAUUAUUCGCGCGCAGCAAACCUACAAAACUUCUGAGAGCAACAAUCAAGAUCAGCUCCAGCUUACAUCGCUAACGCCUUCUCCUGAUCCUCAACCUGGCGACCUUCACGAAAACCAAUUGUUGGCGUCAUCGUCUAGUAAGAAUACACUAGUACUAGGGCGAGCGCUACAACGCAAAAAUAGCAGGAGUACAACUGGCACGCAUUCGACGACCAUACCAUCUUCAUCUGUUGCUUCACAAUCGUCUACAUUGUCUAUGAGAACGGGCAUUCCUCCAGCUGAUCAUGGUGAAGCAACGACUACUGGUACUGUUUCGGAUGAGGAUGGGGCAAAUCUGCCUGAGUUGCUGCGAGAAGCGCACCAAGCCAACAGGGCUUUAUCCGUGCAAUUGCGGAUGUCAAGUGUCGUUCGCGGUGUUACUUCGUACGUAAGUCAGAAUCUUCUGCCCACCUACGCUUCUGAUCUUCUUUCUACGACCAGAUGCCGGACUCUAAGGAACGGCCAAAUAGACGGCGCGUCUCAGCGUGAUCAAGUUGGGAGCAAAGAUUCCGCUGCCAUUUGGUUGGACAAGGCACGCGCGCGAUUUGCAAUUGAGGAUGCCUACUUGGCUGACCGGCUUCGAACAGUGGAUAAGUCGUUGCAGAAUAUGCGCAUCGCUUUUGCCCGUUUGCUCGAAUGGCGCGAUGCUCAUUCAGAAGUCGGCUUUUUGUUGGAACGUAGCGAUCGGAGCGUUCAGGCGCUCGAGGCGGGCAGUCGAUACUUGACGCAUAUAGAAAGUUCAGUGCUUUAUCCGCUUGAAAGACUGUCCCGGUCUAUUUUGAAUGCACAGGGAACGCUGAAGCGAAGACACAAAAAACAUAUGAUGACAGGCUCAUAGCUACACUGGAAACUUUCAUCUUUGUCUACUGCACAACUAGAGGAGGUAGAGGAAGUGGAGAAUCAUUUAUCCUCCAAUCUAGUUUUGCAGAAAGAAGUGAUAGUGAUACUGACCUUAUUCUUAUUAUAUGUCUAUGUGCAUAGUUCACAAGCACAACUGCUGUUCCUGGUGACUUUAUCAUUGGCGUGGAAGAUCCAGAUCCUAAUCAAUGAUUAUCAUGAUUGAAAUAAAAACUUGCCUCCCGAUAGUAAUGCUUGAUGUCCUGCUUAUCCUCCUCCACUUUCAUAUGCGUGAACCUUAUCGUGGAAGGGGAGGAUAUCGCUGCCGCCAAAAAAAGACAAUAUGUGAAGCGCCAAGAGCAGAUUCGACAGAAACUGGGACAGCUUGGUAAGAAAAACUUUUUUUUUUGGAUGAAGUAAGAUCAACAUCAUCAUGACGUUAUUGUUACUCAACUGUAUGCGUCACAUUAUUGGUGAGAAACAUCACACGCUAAUCUACCCAUAGUGAUCCAUCUCCAUCUUCAGGUGCCAUGACAGCACCUUUAUCUGGCAGACGUGGCACCUCGUCCACAUCAAGAGAUCCACCGCAAGAUGACGCGACUCCGCAGGCUUCGGCUUCCGAUGACCCGACUAAUUCCCCAGAAGCCGAUCUAACAGUAGGAGCAGGAGAAGGUCAGCAGAACACCUCCAACGCGGCCUUCCGCCUCUCUGAGGAGGAUGAGGCACAACAAAUCGCAUUAGCGGAGGACAUUUCUCGUUGGCAGCGCGUCCUCGUGACAGAGAGAGAAAAACUAGAAGCUUUCGACGACGCGGUGGAGCAUGAGGUGAGCCGCUUCCAGUCUUGGCUCCAAAAAACUCUAUUGCCUUGCGCUGAUGCCUGGGAGGAAUCUUUGCGAAAUUUUGGCAGCGGCCUUGCUGCAGUAAAUGUGGCGAUUCCUCGGUAAAAUGAGGCCAUGAGAAGACACAGCUUGAUCGAGUAGGCGCUUCUUCUGGUCCUGCUUCUGCUACAACAAGCAAAAUAUUGUUGAUGGAUCAUGCAGCAACAUGACCAAGACCACCCUGCUACUUGAUCAUGUAAAAGAACUGCAUCAACCUGAACGCAGCUUUGAGUACACAAAGUAGAAUUGCAAACAAGACUGGUAUUCUUAGCCUGCGGUCGCUACCUGCUUAAAAUCAAGAACGCUUUUGCCGAAUGGUUUCCGUCUUGCUAUUCUCUAAUAUCGAAGCCAAAAACAAAUUAAUAGUGUGGCAUAGAAGCACCGAA